AUGUUGACUUUUGCCUUGGAGUACCGGAAAGGUCUUGACAUGAUGACGGACCAACGGAGACUGGGACUUGGUGAGUAUGAGUUGACACCACAUGAGUGGACACUUGUUAAGCAGUUGCGCGAUGUGCUCAAGAUCCUCAAGGAUGCCACAUUAUACUUUUCCCGUUCAACACCAAACCUGCCGAUGGUGAUCCCAGCCAUGGAUCACAUCGACAGUGUUUUUGCAAGCAGCAUGCUCAAGAUGCACCAGUUUGACCCUGCAAUUCGCGCGGGCCUUGGACUGGCAAAACGGACGCUCAAUCGAUACUACUCACUGACUGAUGCAUCGAAGGCUUACCGUAUUGCGAUGGUUCUCCAUCCCUCCCACAAGCUAGCCUAUUUCCGGGCUGCAGGAUGG